AUGGAAGGAGGAUCUACCAAUACCGGCGCGGAGACACUUGAGAUUCAACCUCCAAAUCAGAUCUUUAUCCUCUCCGGACAAAGCAAUAUGGCCGGACGCGGCGGAGUCGUCAAGGACCACCACCACAACCGCUGGGUAUGGGAUAAAAUCGUUCCGCCGGAAUGCGUACCUGACUCAUCGAUCCUCCGCCUGAGCGCAGAUCUCCGGUGGGAAGAAGCGCGGGAGCCGCUCCACGUCGACAUCGACACCGGUAAAGUGUGCGGUGUAGGUCCGGGGAUGGCGUUCGCGAACGCGGUGAAGAAUCGCCUGGGAACAGAUUCGGGCGUGAUCGGAUUGGUUCCGUGCGCUUCCGGUGGAACGGCGAUAAAAGAGUGGGAGCGUGGGAGCCACUUGUACGAGACGAUGGUUAAGAGGACGGAGGAGAGCAGGAAAUGCGGCGGAGAGAUCAAAGCGGUGCUGUGGUAUCAAGGAGAGAGUGACGUGUUGGACAUCCACGACGCCGAGAGUUACGGGACCAAUAUGGACCGUCUGAUCAAGAACCUCCGUCAUGAUCUCAACCUCCCUUCUCUUCCCAUUAUUCAGGUGGCAAUAGCAUCAGGAGGAGGAUACAUAGAUAAGGUGAGAGAAGCACAGCUUGGUCUGAAACUUUCAAAUGUGGUUUGUGUAGAUGCUAAGGGAUUGCCGCUAAAGCCCGACAAUCUUCACUUAACCACUGAGGCUCAAGUCCAGCUUGGUCGCUCCUUAGCACAAGCUUACCUUUCCAACUUCUGCUAG